AUGGGCCUCUUCGACAAGUUACGUCGAAGCUCCAGGCGCAGUGCGGGGGUUGCGACCGACCCUCCAUCGCCCCGCGUCAACGUCCCCGGCCGAGACUGCACAAGACGCUUGCCGAGGCCGGUGUUGGCCCGCAUCUUCGCUUUUGUAUGCCCGCACGCCGUCGACAACUCAUAUGGCACCUCUGAGGAAUCAGCCAGCGAUGGCUGUAUGCUGUGCGACAUGCGCGAUCUCGCCCAUUGCGCCAUGGUUUGCAAACGAUGGUUCUUGGAUGCGCGCGCCCUACUCUAUACCAACGUCCGAAUCGAUCCUGUCCACUACUGCGAGUUAGAAAUCGAAUUAGCCGCCAAGCGGAAACGCCGCUCAUUCUUCGACCGCAAUGGCGACCCGAUCGAUGCCCCCCAGGUCAGACUGGAACUUUUCAUGCGCGUCGUGCGAGAGUCCCAGGGCCUGGCGAAUAUGGUCCUGUCGCUCCGAAUGCCAUACAUGACCCGCGAAGCCAACAAAGCCAAUAUCGCCCGCACAAUCUCCGUCCUCCCAAAUGUACGCUUCGUCGAUCUGCCAGUGGGUCUGUACAGUGACGAGUCCUCGUGUCUCGCCUUGAAACAGGAGCUGAUGGCCCGGUGCCCCGAGAUACGUCGCAUGAGCUACCGCCGGGGCGCCGAGGGCAGUUUCUCGCGUCUGCCAGGCUCUCAGCUCUGGAUGAAUCUGGAAGUGUUGGAAUUGUCGGGUACGCAAAUGGAGCCCAAUACGCUACGCGCUGGACUGGCUGCUUUCCCUCAUCUUCGGGAACUUACGCUGGAGGAUCUGGGCUGGCUGGAUGAUUCUGCUUUCGCGGUCAAUCUGCCUUUGCCUCCUUUCCCCGCCGUGCAGUCGCUGACUCUGCGCGAUGCCCCGAAUGUCACGGCAAGCGGGCUUGCCGCGAUUCUCUCUUCCCCCGCCAACAAAGCCGCCUUGGAAUCUUUAACAUUGUCUUCGACUGGCGUCAUUCCAUCCCGGCUACAUCAUAUUCUCUCCGCAGCCCCGCGGCUUCAAAACCUGUCCAUUAUUCAGGAGGUGUCACGCUCGUUCCCCAUGGAGCAGAUCCCUCCCCUGGCAUCCCAGUCACUAACCCUCCUGCACUAUGAACUGACUUCCGAAACCGAUAAUCACGGCAUGCCACCGGUGGUAGCCUCAUAUUAUCAAUAUCUCAUUUCGUCUCUCAUGGCCCGCACCCUCCCAGCUCUGCGUGACCUGUACGUCCGGGAUUCCCAGUUCCCAGACACUCUCCUGCUCAUGCCUCCACCACGACUCUUCGGCGGAGGUGAAAGUGGACCCCGGACGACGGGCGGCCUGGCUCAGCCCCUCAACGUGUACAGCAAGGGUUUGGAUGAGCUGGAGUGGAACUUCACACCCUACGAUCCCAGCCCGGUGUCUGGACGCCGGGAUUCCCGAACUCGCCCCGUCAGCUUCCACGAGGCCCAGCUCAGCAGGUCCUGGGGUGGUGAUGCGCGUAAGAGCGUGCUCGUCGGAAAUGGCUUCGGUGGCUUCCUGGCUGUCCCGGCCGAGGAGGAACGGCCCAAGAGUAGUCAGGGACACCAUAAGAGAUUGAGCAAAGGGGAUUUGUGGAGAUGA